UCCUGCAAAGUAUUCCGGCGAACUGCCGGUUGUUCGACCGUGGAGAUAGUAGAUGAGAAGCUACUACCAUCUCUUCAACCCACUCAAGUAAUGCUUCGCAUCUAUACUGCCUCCCUUAACUACCGGGAUGUUGCAAUGAUGAAUGGAAAGUACCUAGUUCUAGUUAUCGACCGAGGUAUUCCUGCCUCCGAUUGUGCUGCAGAAUUUGUCGCGGUUGGGUCUGAAGUGAAGGAUUUCAGCGUAGGGGAUCGAGUUACGCCUAUAUUUGACCUAAAUUGUAUCACUGGAUCCGAGGACGCUAGCCAGGCAUUAGGUGGGGACGUUGAUGGUGUCCUGCGACAAUAUGCUGUUUUUGACCAAAAUUGUGCGGCCUGUAUUACCUGCGCAGGAACCACUGCAUGGUUAGCACUAGACAUGCCACGGUCUAGUGGUACUGCCCUGCUUCAAGGGACCGGAGGAGUCAGCAUGUUUGCGCUACUCAUUUUCUUGGCAGCUGGCAUCCAUCCCAUAAUAACAUCCUCGUCGGACAAAAAGUUGGAAAUAGCACAGGCUCUUGGAGCCCCAGGGGCGGUGGAAAUCCUUAAUUACAGAGCUCACCCUAACUGGGAGGAACAAGUACGACGAAUUGCCAGUGGGCGAGGUGUUGAUAUUGUGGUUGACAAUGUUGGCCCUACCGAUCAAAUAGACUCUUUCUUCCCUGGCUCCGAGAGGUCUUGUAUCGUUUGUUGGGUUUCUAGGAGGGUUCAAGGUGGUAUGAGCAACCUGAUAUACUUAAACCUGUGUUACAAAAGAGCGCAUUAUUACCUGCCCAACUCCUGA